GGUGGGUGUGUGAGGAGAGGCGAGUAUCGGUGGAUGGUUGGGGUAGGAACACUAGAAGUGGUUGGGGGUGUGGGGAGGUGUAGGAAGGGAGGGAAGUGUAGCUUGGUUAAUGAUAGCUGCUGGUGCAGAUGGGCAGUUGGGGACAGAAGUGGGAAAGAGUGACGGCUGGGGGGAGAGGAGACCUGGUCCAGGAGUUCAGGUUCGGCUGGGAGUGAGUACAAGAGUGGUGAUGAGAUGGGUUGGUGAAAUGAGGGAGGCAGGCUUAUUGAAGAGCCUGGCAUAGAUUGAGGGGACAGGAAAAUUGGGGGGAGAGACGUGUGGGACAGACCAAGCACGUUCUGGGUGUGAGGUGGGUUGCAGAGGGAGUUUGCCAAUUGGAGUGUAACGUGUCAAGGAAAUGAUUUACUAAGGUUUUAUUGCCAAGUCUGGCACCAUCUUAUCUGUUUUUGCUUUCUGAAGUGGCCCCUUUGCCCAGCAGCCUGUGAGAAUGGCUGAAGUGAGCUGGAAGGAGAUACUUUUAUUGAUCGGGGUGGUGGUUGUGUGUUACUGGAACAGUACCUCGUGUGGAUUUGUCUUUGAUGACGUUUCUGCCAUUCUGGACAAUAAAGAUCUGCAUCCCUCAACACCGCUGAAGAACCUCUUCCGCAAUGACUUCUGGGGAACCCCGAUGAGUGAGGAGAGGAGUCACAAAUCCUACCGGCCCCUUACUGUGCUCACCUUUCGAUUAAACUACCUUUUUAGUGAACUGAAUUCUGCUUUCUACCACCUCUCAAACCUUGUUCUGCACGCAGUGGUCUGUGUAAUCUAUCUCCAAGUAUGCCAGCUGUUCCUGGACAGAAAAUCUAGUCUGAUUGCUUCUCUGCUUUUUGCAGUUCAUCCAAUUCACACAGAAGCAGUUACUGGAGUCGUGGGUCGAGCUGAACUCUUAGCCUCUGUUUUCUUUCUGGCUGCAUUUUUAUCAUACACCAAAUCUAAAGGUCCCAACAAUUCAAUCGUGUGGACACCCAUUGUGGUCACUAUAGUUUUAGUUGCUGCUGCAACAUUGUGUAAAGAACAGGGAAUAACAGUCAUUGGCAUAUGCUUCGUGUAUGAAAUCUUUGUUGCCCAAGGGUUCACUCUGCACGUUCUGAGAGAGAUUGUCGUCCAUGUGGUACAAGGGAAAGGCCAUCUACCAUCGUGGGUGCUCCAAACUCUAAUCAAGCUUAUUUUUUUGAUGCUCAGCACACUUCUUCUGGUCAUUGUCCGUGUCCAGGUCAUUCAAUCCCAGCUGCCAGUUUUCACCAGGUUUGACAAUCCAGCUGCUGUUAGUCCGAGUCCUGCAAGACAGCUCACUUUCAACUACCUCUUGCCCUUGAAUGGCUGGCUUCUUCUGAAUCCAUCAGAAUUGUGCUGUGACUGGACAAUGGGCACAGUCCCACUUGUGGAAUCAAUCUUGGACAUUCGAAACCUCGCCACUGUUGUAUUCUACAUUUUAAUGGCCCUGCUGAUCCAUUAUAGUCUUCGCUAUCCAGGAGAAUCAUCUCAAGUUGUAUUAAUGGCACUUUCUUUUAUGGCAUUGCCAUUUAUUCCGGCGUCAAACCUGUUCUUCCCUGUUGGCUUUGUGGUAGCAGAGCGUGUGCUGUAUGUACCAAGCAUGGGGUUCUGUUUGCUGGUUGCCCAUGGAUGGAAGAGGAUAGCAAGAACACGGUACCUAAAGAAGCUGUCUUGGAUUGGUUUGAUGAUUCUACUUAUCGCCCAUACCACUAAGACAAUAUACCGAAAUUGGGAUUGGGAGUCUGAGUACACCCUAUUCAUGUCUGGUCUGAAGGUCAAUAAAAAUAAUGCAAAACUUUGGAAUAAUGUGGGACAUGCUUUGGAAAACGAGCAUAACUACGGGAAGGCUUUGAAGUACUUCAUUCAAGCCACAAGAGUUCAACCAGAUGAUAUUGGUGCCCAUAUGAAUGUUGGAAGAACUUAUAAAAACCUGAACAAAACCAAAGAAGCAGAAGAUGCCUACAUGCUUGCAAAAUCUCUUAUGCCACAGGUUAUACCAGGAAAGAAGUACGCAGCACGCGUCGCACCCAAUCAUCUAAACGUUUACAUUAACCUCGCAAAUUUGAUUCGAGGAAACGAAUCCCGCUUGGAAGAAGCUGACCAAUUAUACCGCCAAGCAAUCAGCAUGAGACCAGAUUUUAAACAAGCCUACAUCAACAGGGGGGAGCUGCUUCUGAAGAUGGACAGACCUUUGGAGGCCAGGGACGCCUACAUAAGGGCCCUGGAACUGGACAGGACAAACGCUGACCUCUGGUACAACUUGGCAAUUGUUUACAUUGAGCUCAAAGACCCAUCUGAAGCCUUGAAACAUUUCAACCAGGCUCUGGAAAUCAGUUCAAACCAUAAGCUGGCACUGUUUAACUCUGGUCUGCUGAUGCAAGAAUCUGGUGAGGCCAGUCUAAGGCCAGAGGCCAAGAAGCGGUUUUUAAGCUAUGUGGAAAUGGAGCCAAAGGAUGCAAAUGGGUACUUCAAUCUGGGCAUGCUGGCCAUGGACAACAAGCAGAACGUUGAAGCUGAAGCCUGGAUGAAGAAAUCCAUCGAGGUGCAACCAGGUUUCCGCAGCGCUUUGUUUAACCUGGCCUUGUUGUACUCUCAGACGGGCAUGGAGUUGGAAGCGCUCCCUGUUCUGACAGAGCUGUUGCAUCAUCACCCUGAUCACGUUAAGGGCCUCAUCCUGAAAGGAGACAUCCUGAUGAAUCGAAUGAAGGAUAUUAAGGGAGCCAAGCAGUGCUUCAAGCGGAUCCUGGAGAUCGACCCCACCAACAUUCAGGGCAAGCACAACUUGUGUGUGGUAUACUUCGAAGAGAAGGAACUCGUGAAGGCUGAGGCUUGUCUUGCAGAGACCUUGGCCUUGGCACCAGAUGAGGAAUACAUUCACCGUCACCUGAGCAUCGUACGCAGCAAGUUAGCAGCACAAGGCAGUGGUAGCCCAUUACAACACCCGACAUCGAUUGCUCAGACAAACCGGGUGGGGCAGGAACCCUCGACUAAGAGCCUGAAGGGACAGAGCAGUGAACAGAAGAAAGCUUCUGGAACAGCAGAUGCAACUGAAGCCUCCACAGAGCUUCCUAGCAACUCUAAACAAUCCCCAAAUGGGGUCAACAAACGGACAAAAAAAAAGUCCAAUAAAGAAAUAAAAGAAAUCGAAAAGAAGCGUGCUGCAGCCUUAAAGCGAUUAGAAGAGAUUGAACGCAUUUUGAACGUUGAGUAGACACAAAAUCGUGCGAUACUGUGUGAUCACUGUCCUUUUCAAUUGACUAUUAUUGUGGCAACAAUAGUUUGUUUCCUGCUAUGCAGGGAAGAUUAUUUUAUGCAAAGUAACUUGAAUAGAAAUCAUAAUACCGACAAAGCCAAUCGUAUUUCCUAAUGCGAAUUUAAACACUAAUUUAACAAAACUUAAAGACUCCUACCUCCAGCUAUCUUCAUAGUCUUGAAGCAACAGUCCCUUGUGUAGAAAAAUGGUGCAAAGAGUAGCUUCUAAGGAAACACGGUGUGUUUCAGGGGUGUCAGAAGCCAAGGGUUUGGGCGUUCUUGCAUAAACCCAGUAGAUCUACUUGUGAUCCUGCAUAACAAAAGAUCCCCAGAUGGUUUGCCCCAUCCACCCCCAGUUGGUUCAGUGUGUGAAUGAUUCCCCGGUUUAGGACCUAUGGAUUUGGGAGUUGAAUUCCGGGCUCAUGAAGUUAGUGGGUUUUGCUUAGGGAAGUGUUGAAACUCUUGUAAUUGCCUUUGAAUACAGUGGAAAAAUUUGAUGGCCACCCCCACCCACCCUUUUUUUGUCAUUGUUUGGAGACCAUGUUGAAUGUGCUUGUGGGUAGAUGUCAUGGUAGGAUGGGGGUCAGCUGAGAAUUCUUCCCACCCCCAACCCCACCAGACUGAGCAUCUCUCAGUGACCAAGUUCACUCAUGGAUGGGCAAGCAAGUGCCAUGCUCCUUGGAAUGAGAUACAAGAAGGUGACCAAGUUUUCCAAGGCCUGGGUCGGAAUCUCUCACAGGUAGAGAGGGCGAGUUGAUUGAUUGGCAACGUUAGCUAAUGAUUGCAAAGAUGGUUACUGUUCAGGGUAGUUUCUCACCAAAAUAUACUGUAGUUUGAGGAGCUCUGUUUAUAUAAAGUACGAACAGCAAACCUGACCUCUGGCUUUUUUUUUAAAAUGCCUGGGAAUCUUCUAUGAUUAUAAGAAGAGAGAGGUUCCGGAGGACUCUCACUCUGAGCGCGCACGCGAUCUAUUUGUAUGGCCUGCAGCUCACCACCACUUACUUUUAUGAUGUAGCUGAGUGUUAUGUUCACUUCAUCAUGUAUUAGGCAGUGCACAGGACUGAGCAGCUUUGCCUUUCUGUGGAAAAAUCUGCUAAUGUGGCAAUGACGUCUCUGCUAAAGUUAAACCACUCCUGGUAUGAAUGUUACAUGGCAGCAGUCUUCAAAGCAAUGUUUUUGCUGUGAUUUCGUUAUACCUAUACGUAAACACUAAAUCAUUUAUUUUAAGUCAAUUCAUGCACUGAUACGUAUGUAUUAAAACAAAUCAUAUAUUCGAUAUUGCUUUAUCUUGAAUUUAGUAUUACAUGAAACUUUAUUUUUGCUUGAGUUAGAUUGAUGUGCUUUAAUCACUAAUUAAAGUCAGCAUACUACGGAGACAAUUUCAGCCCUUUGAUUGUAUAUAACCAAAGGGCUCAGGUAUUGUUUAAAAAUGAGGUAAUGUCAAGUUCAGAUCAAUCAACACUACAAUCUUAUUCUGUGUUAUUCACUUUUGCCAUUUCAUUUGUGGGGAAUUGAUCAGGUUAUUAGCAGAUCAAAUCACCAACUAGAAAUCUGCUGUCUUAACCAAGGCUUAUUCUUAAUAACUAUGUGUUUAUUUGAGAUUAACAAGUGUGUUUAUAACCUCUCACUUAAAUGGAUAACUUUUGGUUGUCUUUGCUUGAAUGCAAAUAAAAAUUGAAUU